CGCAUUCAUUCACUGAGAGUCACACCUGUGUUCGUUAUAUAAUGGUACACCCAUGCAUGCCUGCACGUCUGCAUCAUGGCAUGGCAUCGCUUAAACUUCAACUCCAGCUUCACUCACUCACUCACUCAGAUUGGAAAACGCACCACACCGCGGACAGACAGGGCAAGGAAGGAAAACGCAUUCGAAUGUGUGUACCUAGCUACGUACACGCGCUUGUGUGUAUGUUAUGUGAGAAGGCUCGACUCACUCUCAUUGCAAUCUGUUUAGCACGGGAGGGAACAAAGGGCAGGCACAGGACGAUGACUGACGUACGGGUGGGAUGGAUGGAGAAAAACGUGGAGGAAGAAAAGGCGAACAAUGUAUGUAUGCAUGGCUUCCUUCCUUACACUUCCAUACAGCCUACCUAGCCCAGCCCCCCUCUACAGCUAGCUGACCUGACGACGAUCUAAAGCCAUACAUCACCCACCCCAGCCAGCCCACACACGCACCGUAGCCACACAGCCAUGGAUGUGAUGCACCACAUGACACACACACAUUUAGCCAGCCUUUCCUGCAGAUCACCAAUCAGUCAGCCCAAUCAGUCAGUCAGAGUAAGUGUCCCGGUUCGAUCCGUCUGAGGGACCUCAGGAGCGUCUCGUACUUCUUCUGCUCCUUGUCGGCAUGGCCGCCGCCGCUCUUGCGAGACACGAACUCGGCGUCGUUGGCGUCAUCGCCCCCCUCCACCCACUUGUCCCGGACACGCAUAAUCUGCUCCUCCCAUGUACCCUGAUGGAUGAAUGGAUGAAUGACCGGAUGAUCGGAUGAUUGGCUGGCUGGCUGCCCUACGUGCGUUGGUGACCUACCCGCAGAAUGACGUGUUCCACAUGCACCGUCCUGAGUGCGCCCACACGGUGCGCCCUCGAUAUCACCUGCUUCUCGACGUCUACACACAACACACACGGACUCGUACCGUACGUGUACAGAGAGAGUGACGCCACCAGACAGGCAUCAUGCGUUCUGCCCUUCCUUACUGUAGUCGAGUACAGGGUCGAGGAUGAAUACGUGUGAGGCGCAUGAGAGGUCCAGUCCGUGGCUGCCCAGCUCCACACUCAGCAGCAGCACAGACACCUCGGGACACGACGUGAACCGCUCUAUGGCCACCUUGCGCUCGUUCGGCGGGGCCUGCAUCAAUCAAGGCACACACGACACGAGACAGACACGCAGUAGAAAGGAUGGAGACAUCGCUUAGCGAGAGGAAGGCCUGCCUGCCGUGUGCUGUGCUUUGUUGCCUGCCUGACUUACCUUUGGAUAGAACUUGGCACAAGCGAUACCUUUCUCAGCAAGCACCGUCGCAGCACACCUGACGACAGCAAGCAACCAAGCCCACCCCACCACAGCACCGCCAGAUCCACCCCCACCCGUUUGCUUCCUUCCUUCGUUUCCCACCCCUGGUCAUCGUCUCCACUCACCACAGCUGUUCCCACACCUGGGACACUACCAGCAGCUUCGGCUUCCGCCUUUUCCAGUGCAGCCGCCUCAAAUGUGCCAGAGGGCGGUUGUUGGGCCCCAGGUCGCCCUUCUCGGCCUCCCUCACGCACUCGAGGAUCCGCCGCACCACGUAACGCAGCUUGGAGCUGUGCUCGAUCCACGCACGCUCCACAUCGUCCAUCGGACCGUCACACGUCAUCAAAUCGGCCUGCUGGCUCAGCUGCUGCUGCUGCUGCUGGGUGGCCGAAGCUGAUGCUGAUGCUGAGGCGGGUGUGGAUGUGGACCGCAGGAUCUUGACCUCGAUGGACUUGGCCGUGUCGUCAAUGGUGGUGGACGGGGGGCUGGGCAGACACGAGAGGGCAUCGGUGGAUGAGGCGGCCGUCGACACCCCCUGGCUGCUGUGGGAGGGCGAGUGAACCAACGCAGAUGCCGACGCCGAUGCCGACGCGGACGACGAUCCGCCACUCGUGAAUGGCGACCCAGUGGUCACAUCAGGGGAGCCGCUAUCCAGCGAUACCAGCGCCAUCCUCUCGGUCCCCGAGUCGUCGGAGGUGCGCUGCCUCGUGACGGCCCCCAGCCCCUCGCCCCCGUGAUGGUGAUGAUGCUCCCUGCUGUCUUUGGCGCCCUUCAAGGUCUUCCUGUUGGUGUGGCCGCGGUUGGUGGUGCGGAUCUGGGAGGGCUUCCGUGAGAAGGAUAUCUGGCCGCUGAACUUGAGCAGCAGCCGGCCCCUGCCGCUGGUGGCUGGGGGAACGGCCGGGAGGGGGGAGGACAUCUCGUCGUCAUCACCGGUUGGGUGGCCAUGGUGCGUGUGGGGCGGGGGCGGCUGGAUGGGCGGUGGGGGCAUGGGGAGGGGCAUUGGCAUGGCGAUGGCCUGCAGGGCCUGGGUCUGGGUCAUGGUCAUCAUGUGCAGGGGGGGAUGGCCCUGCUGGAUGGCGCCGACCUGCUGACCCUGACCCUGCUGCUGUUGCUGUUGCUGCUGCUGCUGCUGCUGUGUGAUCACCUCAGAGAGCCGACCGAUCUCGCGCUGCAAGAGAAUAUACACACACACACAUAGACGUGGUGCAGAUGGUCAAGAAAGUGGGUGGGCAUCUUGACCAUUGCGUUUUUGUUUCUCGAGAGGUAUGCGGCCUUGACGACUCGUGGCGGCUCGGGUGUGUGUUCGAUGGGCGGCUGCAGUCUGUCGAAGAAGUCAGCCUCGAAAGGGUUGGCCUCGCCGCACUCGGGCAUCGGACACGUACGCUGCACUCCACGACGCAGCAGCUGACGGCACGGCAUGCACACACCACACACACACACACACGAGACAGCAGACGACAGACGAUGCGGCGAUGGUGCGUGGAUGGGUGUGGGUGUGGGUGUGUAUGUACCUACCUGGCCGGUGAGGGGGUCUCUCCGUGAGAGGCACUCGGUGCAGCUGAGGUGCAGGUGGGGACACGGCAUGAUCAGAGGGAACCGCACACGACCGUGGCCUGCACGCACACACACACACGGGGGGCAGAUACAUCCUCAUCCUGCCGUUGUCUGUCUGUGUCUGUGUCAGUCUGUCUGUCUGUCUGUACAUUUGUCGCAUUGAAAUGUCUGCCGCUCGUGGGAAUUCACAGCCUCGCACAUCUACACACAAAAGAGGCAAGAUAAUCCAUCCACACCGCCUCCCUCCCUCCCUGCAGGUCAGUCAGGUACCUACCUGUUCGAUUCUGCGUAAGCUGUCCUCUGUGAAUUGGUAAGGCGGCCUGAGCCAGCAGUACUGCGAUGGUGGCGGGAGGGGCGGCAGGCCCGCCAAGGUCGCCGGCGACAGGUGGUGCACGAACUGACUCGGGUUCUUACGAUCAAAUGUCAGCUGCAUGCACACACACGCCAUACACAGCGACACAUCACAUGGGGUGUGCGUGCGUACUCUUUCGAGGGGAUGUGUGGGUGUGUUGGAUUGUGUGGUUGGUUGAAGCUUUGCUGCAGUGGUGCACUGCAGUGCACUGCAUACCAUGUAGAUGGUUUCGCGUAUGAAGUUUGGGUGUAUGUUGAGGUUGCUGUGGCUGGGGAAGGCGCACGCGUUGCGCAGAUUCCAUAUCGCCUCGUCAGCACGCUUCCGGUUCGCUGAACCAGCAGAGCCACACAGCAACACACUGUCACUGCCGGCUGUGCUGUGUGCGUGUCUGUCUGCACACAUAACAUACCUGGGUGCAGCAGACUGUCUGGGUUGCUUCUCUCGUAUAGUGUGCAGAAGAGGUUGCGCAUGACGAUCUCCACUAUGUCGUUGUAGCUGUUGCGCUCAACCUACACACACACACGUGGUGUGGUGUAUUGUGUUGCGUUGUCGUGCUCACCUCGUCCGGCGUGAGUUGAAUCUCUGUUUGUUUGAGUGGUGGCAGAAACUGCACCUUGGCCUUGCAGUGCCGGAUGACCACACCUCGCAGCGCCUGGUACAGACGGAACCCUCCAACCACCUCACCACGCUCAAACCUGUCACAAAAGGGUAGGAAAAUAGUGCUGUGACCUUUUGGCGCGCUCUCUCUCUCACUCUGUGUGAGUGUGUGUGUUUGUGUUUGAGUGCUGUGCUCUUACGGUCUUCUGAUUUGCGCGACGAAUGCGGGGAGUGGUUUGGUGUUUUGCUGUAUGUAUGUGGCCUUGUCGAAGGGGACGGCCAGGGGAUGUUUGAGGAACCAGAGGAGACUGCACAGACUCGUGAGCCCCUCCUUGGUGGCGCGGGGGUGGGGCGUCCCCGUCAUGAUCCACCUGAUAGAUAGGCACACACAACACAGAGAGGGAAAGGAUCCUUCAACGCCUCUGUGUGUGUGUGUGUGUGUGUGUGUACCUCCGUUCGCAGACGAGUUCUCUGCAGAGGUCGGCAUGGUGGGCCUCGACUGAGGAGCCCAUGACGUGGCCCUCGUCUAUCACCAUCCGCAGCCAAUACACACCCAACAGAGGCGACUGACGCCUGCACGCACACACACACACAUAAACACACACACACACACACCCCGCCAUGCACUCACUUAUCGCUGUGUGCUCAUGACAUUUCCUUUCUCACACUCACCUGUCGAGAUAUUCCCUCUGCCUCAGCCGCGACAUCCCCCUUUGCUGCUGCUGCUGAGUGGUAGGGCUCUCGUAUUCGAGAGCAUGGUCGUCCCCCGUCACGUCUUCAUCGACGUCCAUAUCCACAUCACUCACGUCCCCCGACUGGUCGAACUCAGGCGCCAUACAACCACUCGGCCACUGGACGGGCACGUACAGGUCGUUGCCAGGGGUGGAUGAGUCGAUGACCGGCUGGGCGUGGCCGUCGGGCGACAGUGUGAUGGGAUGCAUCAGGACCUGCUGCUGCACGGCGUGUGUGACGGCGGUCUUGCGUCUCUUAAGGCUGCGGGCGUGGGCGUGGUGGGCCCGCCGCUGGAGGGCCGCCUGCUGCCUCGCUCUGUCCCACACGAUCUGGUCCACCGAAUUGGCCUCGGCCCUCUGGCCCACCUCCGGCACGGUGAUGCGCUCGGGCGACGCCAUGUCAGUCGAGUUGCGCUUGCGGACUCUCUCUGAGAAAGGAAAGACACACGGAUUGACGGGGGAGGGUGUGCAGUGUCCGACGUACGUGCGUACCAGUGGUUUUGUGCGGGAUGAAGUUCUGCUUUUUGCAUUUUUUGUAUUCGUGUGUGAGGACAUUUUGGGCGAUGAUGACGAGGAGGCAUGAGGCCAGCUCGAAGCGGCUGGGGAUCCUGGCCUUGGUGCUGGCUAUCACCAGGAUACGAUCUGAUGGAUGGAUGGACGGACGCACAGACAGACAGACAGACAGACAGACAAGGGAGUGUGCCCGUGGUGUGUGUGAAAUUCCCCUGUGUGUGUGUGCCUGACUCUGUGUGUGUACCUUUGAACAUGUCCCCGAACCAUUUCUUGACCUCCGCCACCCAGUGAUCCACCAUGUGGGGCGGCACAACCUGUACGAAAACCCACACAGGGCAGCAACGCACAUUCUGGCGUCUCGUCUCGUGUCCUCCCCCACCCUCCCCCCGCCCAAGCCUCUCGUCUCUCACCACGAGUGUCGCCCUGGAGAGCACCAGGGGCAGCUCAGCACACCGCCGCAGAAGCAUGCCGUCCUUGAUAGUGCGGCUCACACCACCCACACCCACACCCCCACUGUUGAUACCACCUCCAUCGCCGUCGCGAGAUCGCCCCCGGGUGCGCCGCUGCUGCUGCUGUUGUAGCUUGAGUCGUAUGCUCCUCUGGCCCAGCGGCAGAUCGUCGCUCCACUCAUCCCCCUGACCCUGAUCUGGGUCGGGGUCUGUCUGGUCGGCCAUCAUGGCCAAUGCAUUGGUGGGAGGGGAGGGAGAGGGGGAGGGGUCCGGGGAGGGGGUGAGCGCGGGGGUGGGCGCGGUGGCGACCAUCAUCCCUUCUGCCAGAUGCUGCUGCAAUGGAAAUGGCAACGGCAGUGGCAAAGAUGGCUGUGGCUGUGGCUGUGGUUGGGGGAGGGGGAGGGGGAGGGAAAGGGGAGGGAAAGAGGCAGCGCUUUCUCCUCCUCCUCCUGCUGCUGCUGGUGGUGGUGGUGGUAGUGCUGUUGCGGUACUCACGUCGAUGUCUCGAGCAUGCUGGGGAGUCUCGUCGCGUGACGAGUCGACAGCAGGCAUAGACACGUCCCUGCCCGACUGCUCCCGGGACAACGGCGGCUUGGAUGAAGUGCCGGGGCUUUUGCUGGGCGGUGAGAGAAUGUCCGCCAGGGCCUCGAUCUGCGGCGGUAGAGAGAUCGAUGCCGAGCCGGUCAGGGACGAUAUCUGAAGGCAAAACGAGACGCACACAGAGGUGGGGGAUGGGCGUAUCCCCCAGCCGUAUUGCUCAUGUCUGGCUGAUCCGCUCACUGACCUGCCUGGCCCCCUCGAGUGCGCCAUCAGGCAUGACGAGCGUCACAUUGCCGCCGUUCCAGUUCCAUCGACACAGCGCCCUGUGCCACGAGGGCGGGCUCGUCAACGCUGCGUUGCGACCCCUCGACCGCUUCUUGGCCCCCUUGCCCGCCUUGCCGCCCCCACCACCGCCCCGCGUGUGUGUGGGGUGAAGGAGUGGGUUGCGAUGGGGGUCCUCAAACGCACUGGGGGUGCCUGCAGACGGCAAACAUCAUGGUCGUACGGUGCUGGUGCUCGUGUGUCCUUUGUUUCUCAGCUACUGACUGACUGACCGUAGUCGACGAGUGUGGCGAAGACGUCGCUUGCAGGCAUGUUGUAGGUGGGGUGGCCUGCAGGCCACACGCAUACACACGCAUACACAUAGGAUGCAUGUGACGUGUGGUGCACACACAGGUGUGGUGUGUGGUGCAUUCCCUCUGGCCUUGUGCGCACCGCACCGUCGGGUAUCUGGGGCACCACGUUGACCGACUUGAGAAUCAAACUCAGAAUGCACACCGUCUUGCCAAGACCAGGCUGUCGAUUAAUGACGCAUACCGUACACACAGACAAAUCAGUCAGCGCAGCGCAUGUGCCAAAUCAGUCAGUCAGCCAGCCACCCACCUCAUCGCAGAAGAGCCCUCCUCUGGGCAGCUUGAGCACAUUGCCGUCGCCCCUUUCCCGCCAGCCCCCACUGACGCCCAGCAGCAUCCACGAGGCGUCCUUGUUGGUGUGCCGGUUGAUGUACAGCGACACACCCGUACCCUCACACACAUCGCCAUCGCCACCAUCGCCAUCGCCCUCCUGCUGCGGCUCCUGGUGGUGGGUGCUCAUACUGCGGGCGAGUGCGUGGCCGACAAGCGACGGGUGGCUGGCACCGACGGCCGUGAGGGAGAGGGGGUACGCGUCUUCACCUUCUUGCACACCGUCUUCGGGCGGCAGCACCGGGUAGAUCUGGUCAAAGAGCCUCUGGAAGAUGGCCUCGCUCUCGCCCUCUCCUUGCUCAUCACUACCACCCCCACCAUGGGCGACGUGGGUGUGCCAUUGUGGCCAUAUGGGCAGCUCCAUCCACAUGGCAGCGAAGCUCAUGGGGUGGCCGGCGUGCUGGCAGAACCUGUAGCACUCGCCCAUCGCCACCCCUACUCCGUCCGGCGACUGCUGCCGAGCUGCCCUCUCCCGGUUGCGGAGCCACAGCAGGCUGUGCUGCUGGUGAGCAAACAGGCCGCCCUUGACUGCCUGGGCGCUGCUUGGGUGAGGGGGCGUGGGAGGGGGCGUGGGGGUGGUGCUGGGACGGAUGGGCUCGCCUCUGGGUGUGGCGGGGGGUGUGGGAGUGCUGGACGAUGCGGGCGUCGCCUCCAUGGGCACGGGUGCGUGUCUUGAGGCCGCCGUGUGGUGUAGGUGUUGUGGCUGCAUCUCGCUCUCUUCGCCGCGGACGAGGAGUGAUGAGAGGUAGAGAGGGAGGCCGGGCACGAUGCCCUCGGUGAGCGCAAAGCCGUCGCGACACGUCGACGCUGCACAGCACAGCACAGAUGGUAUGAUGUAACGACAUCACAACGCCCCGCACCUCUUGCCCUACCUACCGGUUGCCUGCAGGCUGAUGGAGUCGAGUGCCGAAAAAAUGAGCCGCAGGUUGUCCUCUGGCAGCCGCAACACGUGGCCCACGGACACCGGGGGAUGGACAGAUGCUGGUGGGGUGUGGGGGUGGGGGUGGGGGUGGGUGUCGAUGUGGGCGGGGCCGCCUCCUCCCUGAGCAUGGGGCUGUCGUGUGCCGCACAGCAGCCUGUCGGGCUUGUUGAAGGGCGCCAUGUCGUCCUCGACGCGAUCAAACAAAUCAGACAUCUCCUGUACAGACAGAGAGAGGCAUCCAGACAGACACAGAGAGAUAGCGGAGUGUCAUAGUGUUUGUGUGUGUGUGUGUGUGUGUGUAUGUGUGUAUGUGGCGUCUGUUGCCAUUACCAGCUUGCCGAGCUCCUCUGUGUGCUCAAGGCAGCCUGCACACACACAGACACAGACAUACAUCCAACAACCGAGCACACAAUACACACUGCAUCCUUCCCUCCCUCCCUCCCUCCCUCCCUCCCGGUGUUGGCCAGGUCCCUCACUCACCAACAACGCCGCAAGUCGGUCUCUCCCCCGCCACGACAGCGCCAUUGUUCCCCUGCCGCCUGGCGUUCAGGUCCCUCACAUACUCGCGAAACUCACCGAACAGCCGCAGCUCCUCCUCAGCCCGCCGGUCACCCGCACUCUCACUCACACUCACGCCCUCACUCUUGAUGGGUUUGAGGUGAGUGAACACAAACAUCUCCUUCUCGCGCAUCGGCGACCCCAGCUUGAAUGAGAACCACCGGCUCAGGUUCAUCCACACAUACACCUCAACGGCUGCAUGGGCGGGGUCGGGAUGGUGGCUAUCCUGGAGGUCAGAGCCAUCCGUUUCCUCAGUAUCUGUCGGUGGCGCAGUGGAGGAGGUCGGCCUGACGAUGAGUGCGUCGAGUCGGCGGCCAUCGCAGAUCGAGGCGAGUGCGCUGAGGAAGGGCGCCAGCUCACACGAGGCCAACUGAAGGAAGGUAUCAAACAAACAGCACAGCCGAGGGGGAACAGGUGAGUGAGUGAAUGGACACAGUAGCGUGAAUUGCUUCUCUGUCUGUCCGUUUGUCUGUCUGUCUGUCUGCCUGGCCUGUGUGUGUACCUGUGGUUUGUGCGCAGACAGCCAUCCGUCCGCCGCGGGGUAGUGGUAGCACUGUAGCCUCCCCACAGGCACCCACGCGUUCCUCCGCAUCGAAUGCAUCUUACGCAGCUAAGCUACCAGGCCGCCCGCAAUGUUGCCCGCAGUCUCAGCCGCCUCCGCAAAGCUGACGAGCACAAGGU